GUUGUCAAACAUGGCUGAAGCGCUGCCGCUACUGCCGCUGCAGGGAAAAUGCUGAGCCCUCCCGGGCCGGGUGGGCGAGGGCGGCGACGGGGACCCGCUUCCCGAGCGCGGCGGCGGCGGCCAUGGCCCGGCUGGCUGACUACUUCAUCGUGGUAGGCUAUGACCACGAGAAGCCAGGGUCAGGAGAAGGUCUAGGGAAAAUAAUCCAGAGAUUUCCACAGAAGGACUGGGAUGAUACACCUUUUCCACAGGGAAUUGAGUUGUUUUGUCAGCCUGGCGGGUGGCAGCUGUCCAGAGAGAGGAAGCAGCCAACGUUCUUUGUGGUUGUCCUGACAGAUAUUGACUCAGAUCGACAUUACUGCUCAUGCCUGACCUUCUAUGAGGCAGAGAUUAAUCUUCAGGGAACAAAGAAGGAAGAGAUUGAAGGUGAAGCAGAAGUGUCUGGUUUAAUUCAGCCUGCAGAAGUGUUUGCUCCCAAAAGCCUGGUGUUGGUAUCCAGAUUAUAUUAUCCAGAAAUUUUUAGGGCUUGCCUGGGUUUGAUCUAUACCGUGUAUGUGGACAGCCUGAAUGUCUCCUUGGAAAGUCUAGUUGCUAACCUUUGUGCCUGCCUUGUCCCAGCGGCUGGAGGGUCUCAGAAGCUGUUUUCUUUGGGUGCAGGAGAUAGACAGCUGAUCCAGACUCCUUUACAUGAUAGCCUUCCUGUCACGGGCACUAGUGUGGCUCUCCUGUUCCAGCAAUUGGGAAUUCAAAAUGUCCUCAGCCUCUUUUGUGCAGUCCUCACAGAAAAUAAGGUUCUCUUCCAUUCUGCAAGUUUCCAGAGACUUAGCGAUGCUUGUAGAGCCCUGGAAUCUUUAAUGUUUCCUCUUAAAUAUAGUUAUCCUUAUAUCCCUAUUCUCCCGGCUCAGCUACUGGAAGUUCUGAGUUCCCCAACACCUUUCAUUAUUGGAGUACAUUCUAUCUUUAAAACUGAUAUCCAUGAACUUUUAGAUGUAAUCAUAGCAGAUUUGGAUGGAGGCACUAUUAAAAUUCCUGAAUGUAUUCACCUCUCUUCUCUCCCAGAACCACUUCUACAUCAGACGCAAUCAGCUCUUUCUUUGAUUUUACACCCAGAUUUGGAAGUAGCAGAUCAUGCUUUUCCUCCUCCACGGACAGCUUUAUCCCACUCAAAAAUGCUGGAUAAAGAGGUGCGAGCAGUUUUCCUUAGAUUAUUUGCACAACUCUUCCAAGGAUAUAGAUCCUGCCUGCAACUUAUAAGAAUUCAUGCAGAGCCAGUAAUACAUUUCCACAAAACAGCAUUCUUGGGGCAGCGUGGUUUGGUCGAGAAUGAUUUCCUCACUAAAGUACUCAAUGGAAUGGCAUUUGCAGGUUUUGUUUCAGAAAGAGGUCCUCCUUAUAGAUCUUGUGAUCUCUUUGAUGAGUUGGUAGCCUUUGAAGUAGAGAGAAUUAAAGUUGAAGAAAAUAACCCAGUGAAGAUGAUAAAGCAUGUCAGAGAACUUGCUGAGCAACUAUUCAAAAAUGAGAAUCCAAACCCUCAUAUGGCAUUCCAGAAAGUUCCGCGGCCAACAGAAGGAUCCCACUUGCGAGUUCAUAUUCUUCCUUUCCCAAAGAUUAAUGAAGCCCGGGUUCAGGAAUUAAUACAGGAAAAUCUGGCUAAGAACCAGAAUGCACCUCCUGCCACAAGAGUAGAAAAGAAAUGUGUUGUGCCAGCUGGUCCACCUGUUGUUUCGAUAAUGGACAAGGUGACGACAGUUUUCAACAGUGCACAGAGACUAGAAGUUGUCAGAAACUGCAUCUCAUUCAUAUUUGAAAAUAAAAUUUUGGAAACUGAAAAGACCCUUCCUGCUGCACUCAGAGCCCUUAAAGGAAAGGCGGCAAGACAGUGUCUCACUGAUGAAUUGGGUUUGCAUGUCCAGCAAAACCGGGCAAUAUUAGACCAUCAACAGUUUGACUACAUAAUAAGGAUGAUGAAUUGUACUCUACAGGAUUGUUCAAGUUUAGAAGAAUAUAACAUUGCCGCAGCAUUACUCCCUUUGACCAGUGCUUUCUAUAGGAAACUUGCCCCUGGAGUCAGCCAGUUUGCUUACACAUGUGUACAAGACCACCCCAUUUGGACAAAUCAGCAGUUUUGGGAGACAACCUUUUACAAUGCAGUGCAGGAACAGGUUCGCUCCCUUUAUCUCUCAGCCAAGGAAGACAAUCAUGCCCCGCAUCUGAAGCAAAAGGAUAAGCUUCCUGAUAACCAAUAUCAGGAGAAGACAGCAAUGGACCUGGCAGCUGAGCAACUACGCCUUUGGCCUACCCUGAGCAAGUUAACUCAGCAAGAGCUAGUGCAACAUGAGGAAAGCACUGUCUUUAGUCAGGCCAUUCACUUUGCAAACCUAAUGGUAAACCUGCUAGUUCCACUCGACACAAGUAAAAACAAGCUCCUAAGAACAUCAGCACCAGGUGACUGGGAGAGCGGAAGCAACAGCAUUGUCACAAACAGUAUUGCAGGAAGUGUAGCUGAGAGCUAUGAUACAGAGAGUGGGUUUGAAGAUUCAGAGAAUAAUGACAUUGCCAAUUCUGUUGUGCGAUUCAUUACCCGAUUUAUUGACAAAGUUUGUACAGAGAGUGGAGUUACUCAGGAUCACAUCAAGAGCCUUCAUUGCAUGAUACCAGGAAUUGUAGCUAUGCACAUUGAGACCCUGGAAGCAGUACAUCGAGAAAGCAGAAGACUUCCACCUAUUCAGAAGCCCAAGAUUCUUAGACCUGCUCUGCUGCCAGGGGAAGAAAUUGUCUGUGAGGGUCUUCGAGUCUUGCUGGAUCCUGAUGGAAGAGAAGAAGCUACUGGAGGUCUUCUUGGAGGCCCUCAGCUCCUGCCAGCAGAAGGAGCCUUGUUCCUCACCACAUACAGAAUUCUCUUCAGGGGAACCCCCCAUGAUCAGUUAGUGGGUGAGCAGACAGUUGUGCGGAGCUUUCCCAUUGCCUCCAUCACCAAGGAGAAGAAGAUUACAAUGCAGAACCAGCUACAGCAGAACAUGCAAGAAGGACUGCAGAUCACAUCAGCAUCUUUUCAGUUGAUUAAGGUAGCAUUUGAUGAAGAAGUCAGCCCAGAAGUGGUAGAGAUCUUUAAGAAACAGCUGAUGAAGUUCCGUUAUCCUCAGUCCAUUUUCAGCACCUUUGCUUUUGCUGCUGGACAGACUACCCCACAAAUAAUUUUACCAAAACAGAAGGAAAAGAACACUUCUUUUCGUACCUUCUCAAAAACAAUUGUGAAAGGUGCCAAAAGGGCAGGGAAAAUGACAAUUGGACGGCAAUAUUUACUGAAGAAGAAGACAGGGACAAUUGUGGAAGAAAGAGUAAAUCGUCCUGGAUGGAAUGAAGAUGAUGAUGUAUCUGUUUCAGAUGAGAGUGAGCUCCCCACAAGUACCACCCUGAAGGCCUCCGAGAAGUCUACAAUGGAACAGUUGGUGGAAAAGGCUUGUUUCAGAGACUAUCAGCGUUUAGGUUUAGGAACCAUAAGUGGCAGCUCUUCCCGUUCAAGACCCGAGUAUUUUCGAAUUACUGCCUCCAACAGGAUGUAUUCACUCUGCCGGAGCUAUCCUGGCCUUUUAGUUGUACCUCAAGCUGUACAGGACAGUAGUUUACCGAGAGUAGCUCGCUGCUAUCGACACAAUCGCCUGCCUGUUGUGUGUUGGAAGAACUCAAGAAGUGGUACUCUGCUCCUCCGAUCUGGAGGAUUCCAUGGGAAGGGAGUCGUUGGUCUUUUCAAAUCUCAAAACUCCCCUCAGGCCGCUCCUACCUCCUCUUUAGAAUCUUCCAGUAGCAUAGAACAAGAGAAAUACUUGCAAGCCUUACUGAAUGCUGUUUCUGUCCAUCAGAAACUCAGAGGCAACAGCACUCUUACUGUCAGACCAGCCUUUGCUCUAUCUCCAGGUGUGUGGGCAAGUCUUCGCUCUAGCACUCGCUUGAUCAGCUCUCCAACAUCCUUCAUUGAUGUUGGCGCCCGGCUGGCAGGCAAGGACCAUUCGGCCUCCUUCAGUAACAGCACCUACCUACAAAACCAGCUCUUGAAACGGCAAGCAGCCCUUUACAUAUUUGGUGAAAAGUCGCAACUAAGGAACUUCAAGGUAGAAUUUGCUUUAAAUUGUGAGUUUGUUCCUGUUGAAUUUCAUGAAAUCCGGCAAGUGAAAGCCAGUUUUAAGAAGCUGAUGAGGGCUUGUAUCCCAAGCACCAUCCCUACUGACUCAGAAGUGACCUUCCUGAAAGCGCUGGGAGAUUCUGAGUGGCUCCCACAGCUUCACAGGAUAAUGCAGCUGGCUGUGGUUGUAUCAGAAGUACUUGAAAAUGGUUCCUCAGUUUUGGUCUGUUUGGAGGAAGGCUGGGACAUCACUGCACAAGUGACAUCCCUGGUUCAGUUACUCAGUGAUCCCUUUUAUAGGACACUUGAAGGCUUCCGGAUGUUGGUUGAAAAAGAGUGGCUCUCUUUUGGUCACAAAUUCAGUCAGCGGAGCAGCUUGACCCUCAACUGUCAGGGGAGUGGUUUUGCUCCAGUCUUCUUACAGUUCUUAGACUGUGUACACCAGGUUCACAACCAGUAUCCAACUGAGUUUGAAUUCAAUCUCUAUUACUUAAAGUUCUUGGCUUUCCACUAUGUGUCUAAUCGCUUUAAAACAUUUCUCCUGGAUUCAGACUAUGAAAGAUUAGAGCACGGAACUUUAUUUGAUGAUAAAGGAGAAAAGCAUGCCAAAAAGGGAAUCUGUAUUUGGGAGUGUAUUGACAGAAUGCACAAGAGGAGUCCCAUUUUCUUUAAUUAUUUAUAUUCACCAUUGGAAAUAGAGGCUCUGAAGCCCAAUGUAAAUGUCUCCAGCCUCAAGAAGUGGGAUUACUACAUAGAAGAGACCCUGUCCACAGGCCCUUCCUAUGACUGGAUAAUGCUAACCCCCAAGCACUUCCCCUCCGAAGACUCUGACCUGGCCGGAGAAGCUGGGCCGCGGAGCCAGAGGAGAACAGUGUGGCCAUGCUAUGAUGAUGUCAGCUGUACUCAGCCUGAUGCUCUCACCAGCCUUUUCAGUGAAAUUGAAAAAUUGGAGCACAAAUUGAACCAAGCCCCUGAGAAGUGGCAGCAGCUGUGGGAAAGGGUAACCGUGGACCUUAAAGAAGAACCAAGAACAGAUCGCUCCCAAAGACACUUGUCGAGGUCCCCAGGAAUUGUGUCUACCAACCUACCUUCCUAUCAGAAGAGGUCUCUGCUACAUCUCCCAGACAGCAGCAUGGGGGAGGAACAGAAUUCCAGCAUCUCCCCAUCCAAUGGAGUGGAGCGAAGAGCAGCCACGCUCUAUAGCCAGUAUACAUCCAAGAAUGAGGAAAACAGGUCCUUUGAGGGAACGCUUUAUAAAAGAGGGGCUUUGCUGAAAGGUUGGAAGCCCCGUUGGUUUGUUUUGGAUGUAACAAAACAUCAGCUGCGAUACUAUGACUCAGGUGAGGACACGAGCUGUAAAGGCCACAUUGAUCUGGCUGAAGUAGAAAUGGUCAUCCCUGCUGGCCCCAGCAUGGGAGCCCCAAAGCACACAAGUGACAAGGCUUUCUUUGAUCUCAAGACCAGCAAACGUGUGUAUAACUUCUGCGCCCAGGAUGGACAGAGUGCCCAGCAAUGGAUGGACAGGAUCCAGAGCUGUAUCUCUGAUGCCUGAUGCCCAUGGUCAACCUAUGCCGAAGAAAUAGAGGAACUCAUGCUGCCAGAUAGAAAAAAAAAAGCAUGGAUCCUUGAGGAGCUGACAACACGUUAUCCCAGGGCCUGAGGUUCUCCUGCCCAGUCCCUUCUUGCAGGGGUUGCUAUAUCUACUUAACCUGAAUAGGUGUUUCACACAGGUCUGGUCAACAGCCCCAUGCACUCCCUGUAUCUUGCACUACAUUUUUCUAACAGGGUCUUAGUGGUUAAUGAUCAGAAGAUGUCUCCUGAGCCAACUGUGAACCUCACCCAGGCAAAAUGGCUACCACCUACUUGGGUCCUUCUUCAUGAAAGCUAUAGAUCCUUUUUUGUUCUCCAGGGUCAUAAUUUGCUUGGAGACCUGUUUAACAAGCAAAAAUCAAAACCCUCCAAGAUUGUCUCAUAUUCUACCUAGACUAGGUUUCCUAUGAGAGGCAUCUACUUGUACUGCCUGACCUUUGAGAUGCUCAGUUCUCUGGUGCUGCCAAAAGGUGCUUCCAUGGUCCCUUCUGUGCCAUUGGGGUUCACAACAAGAGAUGUCAUUGUUCAGUAGCAGGCAAAGAGGGAGCACACAGCAUUAUUCUGAUGGAAAAAGAUUAUCCAGGGAAUGGUACAACAAUGACCGGCCCAAUGCAGGAAAACACUACUUCCAAAACGUUGAAUUCUCUAUCCAAAACGUUGAAUUCUCUAGACCAGAGGUGCUCUGAGGAUCCAGGGCCUUAUGUUCUUAUGUAUCUUCUGCUUCCUGACAGUUUCUUUUUCAAAAUAACAUGCAAAAAAAGCUGAAUGCACUAACUCACAAAACAAACACUUGCACUGAACUCCCAAUGAAGUGAAGAUGUUGGAAAGACAGAGGCCAGCUAUUUAGGACCACACACACCUGUGACAAGGGCUGUGUUGACCACAGUCACACUGUGGCAUGACUGGAUACCCAAACUACACUUCUACACAUGGAAAGUAAGAACUGUCUUUAGAUUUUCUUUACUUUGAUAACUUGUGUUUGUUUAGCUUAAGACCCAAGAAAUGCUGUUUGCUCAUGGUAAACAGAAACAGCAUCUUUGCUACAGCCACUGACACCAGCUGGCGUCAUAGGUAGCUAGAUCAUUGCAUUUGUUUUGAAAUGUUAAUAUGUUAAAUACUAAACUAAUAUUUCAAAAAUGUGUAUAUAUGAUUUCUAUAUCCUUGUUUUUCAGAUAGCCUGCUUAUAAUUUAAUAUAAAUUAACUGAUGCAUUCAUAAGAUUUCAAUAAUGAAAUGGUUCCCUUUUUUAAAAAUAAAAAUACAUUGUCUUUGUAGAUUAAAAAUAAGUCGGAAUUUCAAAUUUAAAAUUGUCUACACACUAGGAAAUAGAACUGUGUUAAUAUAUAAGAAAUUCGGGGAUAAUUAAGAAUGAAGGACUUUUCUAUCAUUUCCAUUUUAUAAAUUGCCACCUGUGAAAAUGGUUUUUGCACAUUAUUUGUAUUUUUCUUUGUAUAUGAAAUAAUUUUUUGUACUUUGUAAAAUAUGGAGCCCAUUGAACCUUCAGCUAUUUGAGACUAUACACAGUGCUUCUUUUGUAACUGGACUAUUUUAACUUUCGUGAAGGCAUUACAUUGCCUCACAUUCACUAACCACCUUGAAUUAAAUUUAUUUCUUAAGAAAAAGCCUCCCUCA